AUGAGCCUCGAUGGCGGAGACUUACAUCUAUCGAAUCCCGCUAGUCUAUCAGGAACUUCACUAUCCACCGCACAUUCUCUGAGUCUGGCAGACGCAUUGACGGUGAAAUCCACGAUCCCACUGCCGUCCUUCAUCAAGCCGCUGCCUGCAGCCUUACUGCAGGAAGAUAUUGAAUACCUCCAUUGGAAAGGCGCCUUCAUGAUCCCAGACCUACCAUUGCAAAACGAACUCCUGCGCUGUUACAUUCAAUAUGUUCAUCCUUACCUGCCCGUGUUGGAUCUUCGAUCGCUCUUGAGCGCUGUGGAAAGCGACGGCCAGGCAGGAAGGGUCAGCAUUGUCACCUUCCAGGCUGUCAUGUUUGCGUCGACACCAUACGUCAGCAUGGAUCUUGUCCGACCUCAAGGAAUUUCCAAUCGUCGGCUUUUGCGCAAAACGUUCUUCCAGAGAAUCAAGGUCCUUGUCGAUUUCGAAUGCGAUACCGAUGUCCUCAGUUAUGUCCAGGCCUUGCUCCUCAUGACGUACUUCAAUGAGGAGACAGAACCCUUGAAGAAUGUCUGGCACUGGCUGGGAAUUGCCAUCGCACAUGCACGUCACAUUGAUCUCGAGAAUAAUCUAUGUGAUGACAAGCGCUAUGACAUGGCGACACGGAAAAUCCGAAAGCGAGUAUGGUGGUCCUUGUACAUGAGAGACCGGCUUACCGCAGUCGCCUUGCGUCGCCCCGUGCGGCUCUCGACCGGCUCGCGAGUUCCCCUACUCGAGCUGUCCGAUUUUGACAUCGAGGCAUAUUCCCCGAGCAUUACUCAGAUGCUCGGCGGCUGUCAGGUGGCGAGCGACGUGGAACUUCAGCGCGCUCUGGCCAUUCUAUGCAUCGACCUGACCAAGCUCUGCGUGCGCAUUAGCCAGAUCCCCGACCUCAAACAUUUCAACUUUAGUCAUCUGGCAAGCCCGGAUGAAGAUGGCAGAGAUGGCCGAGAAUGGAAUUCGAGGUCCAACAUACUGCUGGGGGAGUACUUUGAGGUUCUCGAGUGUGACAGGGAACUCGAAAACUGGUUUUCCAACCUUCCGCUGGAUUUGACGUACCAAUUCCAAGAUUCCGAACCACAGUCGGACUCGUCUGGCCACGACCUCGUCUACAUCUACCAUGCCUUGCUCACUGGCCUGUAUUUUGCAGCUCUGUGUGUGCUUCACAGGCCACUGCUCAACAGGGUCAGGAUGAAUUUUGGUUCGGCCGCUGUGGAACUGCGCGAAUACUCCUGCCGAAGGAUACGCGAGGCGUCUAACGAGAUUACCGACCUGUAUCGGGACUUGUGCGCCCGUAAUCUGGUGGAAUUCUUGCCCAACACCGGCGUUACCUGCGUUCUCCCUGCCGCGAUCUUCCAUUUGCAGGAGCUGCAGUCGCAAGAGCCCAGCUCGCGGCUGACCAGCAUGAGAAAGCUGGAGACUUGCAUGCAGGCUCUUCGCCGCUUACAGAACUUGUACGCAUCUGCUGAAUUUGCAGUCUCGUGGUUGGCGCGUGCCACGCGAGGGGAUGUCACCUACAAGCACACUGCGGUUCAGACCAGCUUGUUGCAGCAUUCACGCCCGCCCCGAGCUUCGACCGGUGCUCAACAGCAGGGCAUUCGCUCGGACGAGACGUUCCCGAGCAAUUCCAGACCCUUCCAGCCCCUCAACACGGCUUUUGACACAACUACUACCACCACAACAAUAAAAUUCCCUGAUACGCCAACGCAUGUGGACCGGACACAGAUGGCCGACGAAUCGAUCGACAGAGCCAUGGGAGACACAGUCGGAGGGCCGCAAGCACAUAACGGACACCAUGACAUGGCCAUCCCUGAUCGGGCACCGCUUGAGGCUGUAGACACGUUGAUAGGCUUGGAAGGCGGAGCGGACUUUUUCCUUUCAAACGAGGAAUUCGGACCGGAGGUGGAUAUGUCCUGGUUCGGCUCAGGGAGUACUUAUACUCUUCUAACCUAG